AUGACCGUGACUCGUUCCCAAACGGGAAAAACCCCCAAGAAAAUGGAGCGUCCUGGCUUCAUCGAGACCCCCGGUCGCCGAGUUACCCGCAGCAGCGUUGCGCCAUCCGACGACACUUCCGAUUCAGCAGCAGAUGCUUCAGGACAAGGCAAGUCAUCGUCUCGAAAGCGCUCGUCUCCCAAGGUUAAGAUCGAGCAAACCUCGGAGGAGGAGACAAACACGCCCGCGACCAAUGGACACGCCGCUAUUUCGAACGGCAAGAAGCCACGCAUCAUUGAUGGCUGGGAGGAGGGCAAGGACCCCAAGGUCGAUCACAGCGGACAUUUCGAGUUUGGCGGGUCUUUGGGUGUAUUGUGUAUGAUGAUCGGAUUUCCGAUGCUGAUGGAAUACAUGUGGCUCGGUGCCACCUAUUACGAUGGCAAACCGCCGCUUCCUGAGCCGGGCCAGAGCAUCCCUGAGUUCUUCGCGCAUCUUGGUGACUUGCUCUAUGCGGGUGCUUUCCCGUCUUUGAAAGCAUGGACGAUAUAUUGGGUCUUUUUCAUCUUUGAGGGAGCUUGCUACGUGCUUCUCCCUGGUAUCACCGUCAUGGGUCGUCCUCUGCCGCACCUCGGAGGAAAGCAGCUCCCUUAUUACUGUUCCGCUGUCUGGUCCUUCUACACGACAAUCGCCUUGGCUUUAUUGCUCCACUUCACCGGCAUUUUCAAGCUUUACACGAUCAUCGAUGAAUUCGGACCUCUCAUGAACGUGGCCAUUCUCUCUGGUUUCAUUGUUUCCUUCGUCGCGUACUUUUCAGCGUUGGCUCGAGGCGCAGAGCACCGUAUGACUGGGUAUCCCAUUUAUGAUUUCUUCAUGGGUGCCGAGCUUAACCCUAGAAUGUUUGGUAUUCUGGACUUCAAGAUGUUCUUCGAAGUCCGCCUGCCAUGGUAUAUCCUUCUGUUCGUCACUAUGGGUGCAGCUGCCAGACAAUAUGAAACCUACGGAUAUGUAUCUGGGGAGGUCGGCUUUCUUCUCAUGGCUCAUUUCCUUUACGCCAACGCCUGCUCAAAGGGCGAGGAGUGUAUCGUUUCUACAUGGGAUAUGUACUAUGAGAAAUGGGGUUUCAUGCUAAUCUUCUGGAACCUUGCCGGAGUGCCUCUGAGCUAUUGCCACUGUACCAUCUACCUUGCCAACCACGAUCCCGCUACCUAUCGCUGGAACCGGCCUUUCCUGAUUUUCCUCUACGUCGCGUACCUCUUUGUGUACUGGGUCUGGGACACGACCAACAGCCAGAAGAACCGCUACCGCCAGCAGGAGCGUGGUACUUUGGUGUUUCGCAAGACUUUCCCUCAACUCCCUUGGCAAACACUGAAGAACCCCAAGACCAUCACAGCUGAGGACGGUUCGAAGAUCCUUGUUGAUGGGUGGUACGGGAAGGCGCGCAAGAUCCACUACACCUGCGACCUGUAUUUCGCAUUGAACUGGGGCUUGAUUACCGGCUUCAACAGCCCGUUCCCAUGGUUCUAUCCCGUCUUCUUUGCAUGUAUGAUCAGCCACCGCGCACUGCGCGAUAUUCAACGCUGUCGGAACAAGUAUGGCGAGGCGUGGAGAGAGUAUGAGAGACAGGUUCCCUACCUGUUCAUUCCUGUAAAAUCCUACCACGAUGUGCCUACCACGGCGGAUGGCAGUGGGACCAUGCGUAUUUACGUCUAUCAUCCCACCAUUCCAGGAUAUCCCAAAGCACGGUUCCCGGGCGUGGUUGUAUUCAGUGAGAUCUAUCAAGUUACCGGCCCCGUGGCGCGCUUCGCCCGUCAAAUCGCCGGUCAGGGCUAUAUCUGCGCCGCCCCCUCUAGCUACCACGAAUUCACCGGUCCGGAAGCCCUUGAGUAUAAUGCCGACGAUACCGACAAAGGCAAUGAGUGGAAGAUCAGCAAGAAAAUCGCUGCCUACGACGAAGACGCCUCUCUCUGUGUGGACUACCUCCUGUCACUGCCCACCUGCAAUGGACGUGUGGGCGCAACGGGUAUGUGCCUGGGUGGCCAUCUGGCGUAUCGGUGUGCGCUGGAUAGCCGGGUGAAAGCGGCAGUGUGCUAUUUUGCAACCGACAUCCAUAGCCACACGCUUGGGAAGGGAAAGAAUGAUGACAGUAUGGCUCGCGCCGGAGAUAUCAAGGGAGAGUUGACUAUGAUUUUCGGUAAAAACGACAAUCAUGUCCCUCCGGAGGGAAGGGAUCUGAUCCGCAAGACACUUCAUGAGAAGGGGGUCUUGUUUAGCUUUUAUGAGGUGGCCUGGGCGCAGCAUGCUUUCAUCCGGGACGAGCUCAGCAAGGGACGUUAUGACCCUGCUAUUUCCAAGGUGUGCUUUGAUAUGUUGCUCGAGUUGUUUGGACGGACUCUCAAGCUGGAUUUGGGGGAGCAUGAUGGGAAGGAGUUGGAAAUUGAGGAUGUUUGCUAG